CGUUACCACGGCGCGGGGAGAUGACGACACGCCACCGCUUCCUGUCGCCGCAGCCGCUGCCGCUCGCGCGCCUGGCCCAGCCCUUUGACCGGUUACCCCCUGGAGCGUUUGCUCAUCACUGCCCCCAUCGGUGGGCAGGCUCUGCCCCCACCCUGAGGAUGACUAAGGCACCAUGGGCCACACGCUGUGUAUCUGCUCCCGAGGGACCCUCACUAUUGACAACAAGAGAUACCUCUUCAUACAGAAGCUGGGAGAGGGUGGGUUCAGCUACGUGGACCUGGUGGAGGGACUGCAGGAUGGGCACUUUUAUGCUCUGAAGAGAAUCCUGUGCCAUGAACAACAGGAUCAGGAUGAAGCCCAGCGGGAGGCUGACAUGCACCGACUCUUCCAGCACCCCAAUAUCCUUCGCCUUGAAGCCUAUUGCUUGACAGAACGAGGCUCCAAGCAGGAGGCCUGGCUGCUGCUACCCUUCUUCAAGAAGGGUACACUAUGGAAUGAAGUGGAAGGGCUGAAAGACAAAGGCAACUUCCUGUCUGAGGAUCAAAUCCUGCUGCUGCUGUUAGGCAUUUGCAGAGGCCUAGAGGCCAUUCAUGCCAAGGGUUAUGCCCACAGGGACCUGAAACCAACCAAUAUUUUGCUUGGAGAUGAUGGGCAGCCAGUGUUGAUGGACUUGGGUUCCAUGAAUCAGGCACGAAUCCAAGUGGAAGGCUCCCGACAGGCACUAGCCCUGCAGGACUGGGCAGCCCAGCGUUGUACCAUCUCAUAUCGUGCCCCUGAGCUCUUCUCUGUACAGAGCCACUGUCUCAUUGAUGAACGAACUGACAUUUGGUCCCUAGGUUGUGUUCUGUAUGCUAUGAUGUUUGGGGAAGGCCCCUAUGACAUGGUGUUCCAGAAAGGGGACAGUGUGGCCUUGGCAGUACAGAACCAGCUCAGUAUUCCCCAGAACCCAAGGCAUUCCCCAGCAUUACGGCAGCUGUUGGCCUCUAUGAUGACUGUGGACCCCCAGUGCCGGCCACAUACUUCUCUCCUCCUCAGUCAGCUGGAAAGUUUGCAGCCCACAGCUCCAGACCAACAUACCACACACAUCUGAGAGAGCAUGCAGUUUCGGAAUAUAGGACUUUCUAUAAGAGGGAAGUAUUUUUCCUCAAUGGGACUUUGAGGAUAGCAGACUCCCAUCCUAAGAAUACUACAUAGGUGCUUCUGAGCCCCUACCCACACAAGAUGAAGAGUGGGUCCUUGAGAAGGGACCUAGCUAACCCACAAAUGGAGAAAUGGUCACACACGGUACAAUUGGCCCUGCUGGGUCCACAUCAUGGUCUGCCCCUAAAUGUGGGGGGCAGGGAACAGCAUUUUCAGAAUAUGUAAAUACAGAAGUAAAGCUAAAAAUGUCCGUUUA